AUGGCAACCCGAACAUCGACUCGCCAGGCCGCCCAGAAGGCAAAGGAAGCCAUUGCGGCGGCUCCUGAUGUUAAAAGCCGAGGUACUGCUGGCGCAAAGCGCAAGGGCAGUGCUGACAAGGGAGCGGAGUCUAAGCGUAGCAAAAAAGAGGCCGACAAAGAGCCGGACGAAGCCAAGCAGCCCACGACCGGAAUUGAUGCGCAACCACCUAAAGGUAGACCAGAGGACAAGCCAGAGGACAAGCCAGAGGACAAGCCAGAGGACAAGUCAGAGGACAAGCCAGAAACCGAGUCAGAAACAAAGACAGAAGAAAAAGCAGAAGAGCAGUCAGAGGCGAAGCCUGACACUGAGCAGCCAGACACGGCGAAAGAAGACAAGGCCGACGACAAGCCCGAAGAUAAAAUGGAGCUGGGUGAUGAGAACAAACCCGAAGACAUUCAAACAGAAACCAAAGAACCCAAUUUGGCUCCCGCCAAGGGCAACGAAGCUGGCGUCGAAACCUCGCAGGAGAGGGAGGAAAAGGUUCCGUCAAACAUCCUUGAAAAGGGUAUUAUUUACUUUUUCUACCGGUCCCGAGUCAAUGUGACUGAUCCUCAGGGUGUCGAUGAUGUUGCGCGCACUUUUGUGGUUCUGCGACCAACUCCCUUGGGAGCUACCUUGGACGCAAAGCAGGGCCCGGUUGACACUGGUGCCAAAUGUCGCUUGAUGGCUCUUCCAAAGAAAAGAUUCCCGACCUCUGGUCGUGAUCGAGUUAUGGGAUUCGUCGAAAAGGCUGGGCAAUCCAUGAAAGCACUGCAGGAAAGCUUCAUUGCUGGAGGGCAAUAUGACACCGCCACCCAAGGCGAGCGUACCGUUCCUGAUGCCCGUCCGUAUGCAGAAGGCGUCUACGCAAUUACAUCUACCAAACGAACCUCUCAUCUGGCUUACGUUCUCACAAUUCCUGAUCAGAUUGGAUCACUUCAGGAAGACUUUGGCCUCCGGGCACGGGGCAGCUGGGUUGUGCAGUCGAAGAACCCAAAACACCCUGGGCCAUCGUACGCUCAACUUCCUAAAGAUCCCGAGUAUCCCGACAGUGUGCUUGCUAAAUUCGGCGACUACCGCUGGAGGCCGCUGGAGCCUGAAUUCAUCGAUUAUCCCAACGCACAGUUCCUUGUGGUUGGGGAAGCUGUGGACGAGCUUGGAAAGGCUGCAACUGCAGAGGAGGAUGGCAAGAAAGCUGAUGAGGAGACGAUACAAUCUAUGAAGAUCUUGGUCUCGAUGCGAAGAACUAUCCUACCGUUCCGACAACUUGGGAGAGUCAUCCUAUAUUGGACUGCUGCUGCAGCCAACAAUGACGUUGUGAACCGGACCAGCUGCGGCAGUCAUACUUACACCUACUCCGGCCUGGCUGGCUAUGGCUACAUUCCUUCCAACGCCACAGACAAGUAUGGCGACACUUUAGGUGGCUUUGGCAGCUCGGCCGCCUUUGACUUGGACUCCUGGCGGCGCAUUGGGCCUGAAACUUAUACCGGACUGCUUUACUGCAUCCCCGAUCGUGGCUGGAAUACGAACGGCACUCUCAACUACCAAGCCCGCGUCCAUACACUCAACGUCACCCUCCAUCUAACCAGCAACAACAACUCCGCCAAUCGUCCAUCCAGACCCAACCUACAGCUAACUUACCUCGACUCCCUCCUGCUCACCGAUCCCACCGGCAAACCACUAACCGGACUCGACGCCUCGGCCGAUUUCAACGACACCCUCAACUAUCCAGGAUUCCCACCGCUACCGGCCGCGAUCUACACCGGCAAUGGCUUCAACGACGACCCCAACAGUGGCCACGGCGGUCACCGCGUCUCCCUGGACGCCGAAGGCCUCGUCCUCACCCCGGACAGCUUCUGGAUCUCCGACGAAUACGGGCCCUACGUCUACCGGUUUGACCGCCAGACCGGCCGGAUGAAGACAGCCAUCGAGCCCCCAGCAGCCUACAUCCCGCACCGCAACCAGUCCAUCAGCUUCAGCGCCGACAGCCCCCCCAUCUACGACCCGAACGACACCCCCAUCCCCGAAGACCCUGCAACUGGCCGCGCGAACAACCAAGGCUUCGAGGCCUUGACCAUCUCCCCGGACGGGAAGACCCUCUACACGAUGAUCCAAUCCGCUCUGGACCAGGAGGGCGGCACCAGUAAGAAGUACCGUCGUCCCGCGCGUCUCCUGCAGUACGACAUCUCCGCGGAGAUCCCGGUCCAAGAGCACGAGUAUGUGGUCAUGUUACCCACGUACUACGAUUACACCAAGGGUCACGACGUGGUGGCCGCGCAGUCUGAGAUACACCUGCUUCCGGCCGUCGCCGCCGCGGGGGAUCCAGACGACAAGGCAUUCUUGGUCCUGGCGCGCGACUCCGGGUUCGGUCACGGCCAGGACGAGUCGUUGUCUGUUUAUCGGCAUGCGGACGUCGUGCUUAUCACGAGUAACACCACCGAUCUGAAACGGUGGCGGGGAGUUGACGGGGUUAAUGGGUCCAUCGCCUCGGCCAAGGGGGUCUUGGACACCGGGAUUACCCCGGCGGAGUACUGUCCCUUCUUGGACUAUAAUGUCGAGAGCCAGCUGGCCAAGUUUGGGUUGCAUAACGGUGGCCCGCAGGAUCGCUUCCUGUUGAAUGAAAAGUGGGAGAGCCUGGCGCUGGUGCCCGUGGAGCCGGGGCAGAAGAAGGCGUCCGCCCGCGAGAGGGAGUACUUUCUGUUUAGUUUGAGUGACAAUGACUUUAUUACACAGAAUGGUCGCAUGAACUUCGGUCGGUUCAAGUAUGCGGAUGAGUCGGGAUAUGACCUUGACAAUCAGGCACUGGUUUUCCGGGUGAAGAUAUCAUCGUAA